UGGGCCUUCUCCCCUCCGUCAGAGAGGCUAAAACGUCCGCAGGACAGUCCGUCUAUUCCUGUCUCUACUCUAGAACCACCCCUCUAGCAUCAAUGCACAUCUCCUCUUGACAACUGUUCUGAGACGCACACAGACUCCAACACACACAUACACACACCUAUGUCGCUACGACAGGCGGCCAGUGGAGGCAAGCGAGCACAGCUGAGUUGAUGUUUGACUGCCUUCGCGCCAACUUGAGAUCGUCCGUAGCUUAGAGCUAGAUCUGUCUGGUGGAUUCCUCUGUCAACUUUUUUAACUGUUUGUCUUCCAACUGAUUGGCUAAGUAAGAUAGUGUUUGGGUCAGCCAAGCAAACUGACCUCCAAAGGGAUUAAAAAAUAAAUAAAUUAAGUGCAAAACGAGCAACAAGACUUUUAAAACAUACCUUUUCUAGAUUCACCUUGACAACUUUUUGUUGUUGUUGAGAAAAACAUUUUCUGUUACAAGGAGCGUCCAGUGAACAGCCAGCAUGUGGGAGUUCCGGUCCAUGACGUUUUGGCGGGCAGUCUUCGCAGAGUUCUUCGGGACCAUGUUCUUUGUGUUUUUCGGCAUGGGUGCCGCGCUGCGCUGGACAACCGGGCCCAACCACAUUCUGCAUGUGGCGCUGUGCUUUGGCUUGGCGGCUGCCACCAUGAUCCAGUCCAUUGGUCACAUUAGUGGCGGCCACAUUAACCCGGCCGUCACCUUUGCCUACCUGGUGGGUUCCCAGAUGUCCCUGUUCCGCGCUUUUUUCUACUGGGCUGCCCAGAUCCUGGGGGCCGUGGCCGGGGCCGCUGUGCUCUAUGGGGUCACCCCCAACAACAUGAGGGGCAACAUGGCUCUCAACACGCUGCAGCCUGGUAUCAGCCUGGGCAUGGGUACCACAGUGGAGGUGUUCCUGACCAUGCAGCUAGUGAUAUGUAUCUUUGCCGUGACAGAUGAGAGGAGGAACGGACGCAUGGGCUCUGCUGCCCUGUCCAUCGGCUUUGCUGUCACCAUCGGACACCUCAUGGGGAUGUACUACACCGGUGCUGGAAUGAACCCUGCAAGGUCUUUCGCCCCCGCUGUGCUCUUCAGGAACUUUGUAAACCACUGGGUGUACUGGGUGGGUCCCAUGAUAGGAGGUGCUAUGGGAGCUCUUCUGUACGAUUUCAUGCUGUUCCCCCGUAUGCGUGGUCUGUCUGAGCGCCUGGCCACACUGAAGGGCAGCCGACCCCCCGAGACGGAGACCCAGCAGGACAACCGUGGGGAGCCCAUCGAGCUCAAGACACAAGCCCUAUAAACCUGCCCCUGUCUGGGGACAAGGGACAGGCCCUGUGUCCGCCAACCCCCACGCUGGCCCCAUCCCACGAGCACAUACACAGUCCCUCUCAUUGACUCACUAACUAACACAAAGGCACAUGCAGAUUCAGACAUAUAUUGAUGCAAAAACUGUACACACACCCAGACACAGACAGGUUCACAACCUUCAACCUCAAUAUGCAACGAGACUCCUCUCCCUCCAACCUCACUCUGUAUCCUGAACUGGACAUGGUGUUUGAUAGAGGUGACCAGUGCCUGCUCCAACAGUCCCACUACCUCCCCUCUCCUCCUCCUCCUCAGCCACACCAAGUCUUCCCCUCACAUACCCACACAGACUGAAGGACCAGACCUGUCAGCA